AGUUGUCCGAAGAUUCUUCGAUCACUAUGUCAAGCGACACAGAUAUUUCUCUUUCUUCAUAUGAUGAAGAUCAGGGAUCUAAACUUACCCGAAAAGCUGGAGAGGCACCAUUUGUCCCCAUUGGAAUGGCAGGUUUUGCAGCAAUUGUUGCAUAUGGAUUAUAUAGAUUGAAGAGCAGGGGAAAUACUAAAACGUCUGUCCACCUGAUCCACAUGCGUGUGGCAGCCCAAGGCUUUGUUGUGGGAGCAAUGACUCUUGGUAUGGGCUAUUCCCUGUAUCAAGAAUUCUGGGGAAAACCUAAACCUUAGAAGAGGAGAUGCUGUCUUGGUCUUGGUGGUGCUUGCUUUAGUUAGACAUCUCAUAUUGAGGUUAUAUGUUUAUGCGGAAAAUAAAUGGUUUGGGUCAGACAAGAACAUGGUAAUUUGAAUAUUGGCUUCCUUUCUUGCAGGCUCGAUUUGCCUGGCGACCAAGUUACUGGUGACUAGUUCACUAGCUAGGUCAUUCAGGGGAGUCAGAUCAGCACAAAAGAAACAAAUCACUUUUAAAUACACUUGAUAGUG